AUGGAGCACAUCGUCGCAGCACGAGCGUCCUUUGGCUACAUCGACCCCAACUUUCCCAACCCCGACCCUACGGACAAGAACAACACCUCAAUAAUCAUCUAUGGCUACACACCCUCCAUCACGCUGGCCGCCUUCGCAGCCGCCUGGUUCGGCGUGCACUUCAUCAUCCACCUCGUGCGCACCAUCCGAAUCCGCAGCUGGUGGUGGAUCCCCUUUACCGUGGGGUUAGUCUUCGAGAUAAUCGGAUACAUAGCACGAUCGCUAUCCGCCAAGAAGAACCCCUACAACCUCAUCUACUUCAUCCUCAACUACUUCUUCAUCGUCGUUGCGCCCGUCUUCCUGGCCGCAGGCAUCUACACGAUUCUCUCCGCGCUGAUCCCUAGAGUCGGAAGACGGUACUCGUUCAUCCCACCAAGAGUCAUUCUGGCCUUCUUCAUCACCUCCGAUGUCAUCUCCACUAUCGUGCAGGUCGCCGGUGCGUCGCUGGUUGGUGUGAAGUCUUCGCGCGGCGAGGAUCCCGAGACCGCUAAUAAUAUUCUGCUGGGCGGUCUUGCGUACCAGGUGUUCGUGAUGACUUGUUUCGUGAUUCUAGUGGCGACGUUUCUGUUCCGCGCUAGACGGGUGCUCAAAGAGCAGGGUCUGUCGCUCUUUUGCUUUGUCUUCUCCGUUGCGACUAUUAUGAUUUAUCUGAGAACUUGCUUCCGUCUCGCCGAGACGGCACAGGGUCUUAUGGGUGAGCUGCAGAGUAACGAGAUUUAUUUCGGAUGCCUUGAAUUCGCGCCUGUGGCGCUGGUGGUCUUGCUGUUUGCCAUCUGGCAUCCUGGACAUUGCGUGGGUGUCGUGGUGCGGGUUGAUGAAAAACAAUAG